CACAGUGACCGAUCACGCUGCAGUCCUCUGUAUGAGAACCUGGAGAAAAAUGCUCGGUCUGAAGACGUUACGCUCGCUUCAUCUGGGGUUCGGGAAGAGUUUGGGGAGACGUGUGGCUAAACCUGGAAUUCUGGGUGUUUACUGUGAUAACAGGGGCGAAGUCUCGAGAGUGAAACCAUCCUUCGGUUCUUCAUCAAUUUACUUCAAUAGAUCCACUCGUGCAAAUCCUCCAGACUCAGAGAGCAGAACGGCAGAUGCAGGUCUUUUCUCAGGACUGGAGGAUCUGCUGUUCCACACUAUAACUGAAGGACAGGACAGAGUUCCCAUCUCCCACUUCAUCAGCGCUGUUAAAAGCACAGGUUUGCUGACCUCAGACCCCCGUCUGAAGUACUGCAUGGACAAACUACGUCAAGCCGUCAAGGAGUCGCCCGGAGACGUCAUGAUGGACCGUGAGCUCUUCCACAGAUGUGUAGGUGCGAACAUCGUCUUGCUGUCUCAGGCUUUCAGAAAGAAAUUCAUCAUUCCAGAGUUUGAAGACUUUGUCGCUGUGAUAAAUCAGAUCUUCCAGCGAGCUAAACAGCAAAACUAUGGACACGUGGCGGAUUAUAUUCCACAUCUGGCCAAGUUCAGUCCCGGUUUGUGGGGGAUGUCUCUGUGCACUGUGGAUGGACAGAGGCACUCGGCGGGUGACACCAAGACCCCGUUUUGUCUGCAGUCGUGUGUGAAGCCGCUGGAAUACGCCAUCACGGUACACGCGCAUGGAACCGAACAUGUACACAGCUUCGUAGGAAAAGAGCCCAGUGGGUUGAAGUUCAAUAAACUGUCCCUGGAUGAGGACGAUAAACCUCACAAUCCCAUGGUGAACGCAGGAGCCAUCGUACUUAGCUCCCUCAUUCAGCCUGGAGCAAACAAAGCAGAAAAGUUCGAUUAUGUGAUGGACUUUGUGAAGAAAAUGGCAGGAGGAGAAUAUGUAGGCUUCAGUAACGCCACCUUUCAAUCAGAAAAGGAGACGGGAGACAGGAACUUCGCGAUAGGGUACUACCUAAAAGAAAAAAAGUGUUUCCCUGAUAGAGUAGAUAUGACUGAUGCUCUAGAUUUCUACUUUCAGCUUUGCUCUAUUGAGGUUACAUGUGAGUCGGGCAGCGUGAUGGCGGCCACGCUGGCCAACGGAGGAAUUUGUCCAAUCACGGGUGAGAGGGUACUGAGCGCCGAGGCUGUAAGGAACACGCUCAGCCUCAUGCACUCCUGCGGCAUGUACGACUACUCCGGCCACUUCGCCUUCCAUGUUGGAUUACCUGCUAAAUCAGGGGUAUCAGGAGCUGUGCUGUUAGUGGUUCCCAAUGUGAUGGGAGUCAUGUGUUGGUCUCCACCACUAGACAAGCUGGGAAACAGUGUGAGAGGAAUCCGCUUCUGUGAGGAACUGGUGUCCACAUUUAACUUCCAUAAUUAUGACAAUCUGAGACACUUUGUGAAGAAACAGGAUCCUCGCAGGAGGUCUGGAGAGGACAGGAACAAGUCUGUGAUGAACCUGAUGUUCGCAGCUCAUAGUGGAGACGUUUCAGCGCUCAGGAGGUUUGCUCUAUCAUCUAUGGAUUUGGAUCAGAAGGAUUAUGAUUAUCGGACGGCACUUCAUAUUGCUGCUGCUGAAGGUCAGGUGGAAGCUGUGAAGUUUCUAACACUAAGCUGCAAAGUCAACCCCAUUGUGAAGGACAGGUGGGGGAAUAUUCCGCUGGAUGAUGCACUACAGUUCGGUCACGGUGACGUGGUCAAGAUCCUUCAGGAGUAUCAGCGAGUGUGGGAGUCUGUUCCUGAAAUCACCGCACAGAACAAACUCGACUCGGCCACAUGACAGUGAAUGAACCACCUCAUUUCAGCUUAAAAAACGUCUUAGCAAAACAAAGCAGUGGAUGUAUAGCAAGACUUGCAGUGAAAUGAGCAGCUCCUGGACGUACGCUCCACACAGACCUGUUCCUCUCCUAGUUGGGCUUAAUCAGGAUCAGGAAAAAUUCACAUCACGUUUAGGCGGCGAGUACACGGGCAGCGCUGGGCGCAUUCUUUAUAGCAAUAACAGUAACUAAGGCUGGAUCUUGUACAGGUUCAGUGUGUGCUGUAAUACGUGCUGUUAAAAUAUUUCAUUUCAUUAAGCUGUUGAUAAUAUUAGACGAUAAAAACUAGCGCAAAAAUCCAAAAUGCUAAAUAUUCUCCCCAUGAAUCACAUACACAGCUUUUAAACUCCUGUCUAACAUGUAUUAGAGUAUAUUACACUGUUAUAUUACAUUUUGUCCUAUUAUUAUACAAAAUAUUUUCCCUUUAAAUGACUUUACAUGGUACAAAUACACUGUGUAUAUCACUGCGUAUGUCACUCUAUAUAACUGUAUAUAACUAUGUAUAUAACUGUGUAGAUCACUAUGUAUAUCACUGUGUAUGACAGUGUAUAUAACUGUAUAUCACUGCAAAUAUAACCAUGUAUAUAGCGGUGUAUAUCACUGUGUAUAUAGCUUUAUAUCACUGUGUAUACCACUCUGUAUACCACAAUGUAUAUUACUAUGUAUAUCUGUGUGUAUAACUGUAAAUAUUAGUUGUAUAAGAAUGAACAUUAAAUACAUGUAUAAAGUGA